CUCUUCAUUAACUUUGGCCAUCAAACAAAAAUUCUUAUCCCUUUCCCCAUGAAUGAUCAAUCAAAAAGUGAUCAGGGCAUGUUGGACAGUGGAAGGCGGAAGGGUUCGAGCGAAAAGCGUGCUAGCAGUCUCAUUGAGGCCACAGAAGACGCGGUUUUGAAUGUAGGGGUGUCCCCUCCCCCUAGUGCUCCAUGUGGUGCAUGCAAGUUUUUGAGGAGGAAAUGCAUUAGUGGAUGCAUUUUUGCUCCCCAUUUUGGCUCUGAUCAAGGUGCAGCAAGAUUUGCAGCGGUGCAUAAAGUGUUUGGAGCAAGUAAUGUAUCAAAACUCUUGUUGCAUCUUCCGGAAAAUCGAAGAAAUGAUGCUGUUGUUACCAUAUCAUAUGAGGCUCAAGCAAGACUUUCUGAUCCUGUUUAUGGUUGCGUCUCAACAAUUCUUGCGUUACAGCAACAGGUAGCAUCUCUUCAAGCAGAGUUGGCAGUGGUGCAAACACAGCUGAUGAACAGCAGAUUGGCAAUGGCAAAUGCCCUUCGAGAUUCACAAGCAAUACAGCAGCAGCAAAUUGUAGCCUUACAACCAGCUUACUCCAACACAUCUGCAGCUUCAAAUACUCUGAUGAAUAUAAACAGCUUCAACUCUAACUUUGAUCUUGUUGGUGAAGCUGAAGCUGCCCCCUCCAACAGUUUUGAUCCCGUUCAUCUCUCCCAAGUCCCUCAAGAAGUAGAAGAAGAAGAUGAGGAAGAGAGUCAGAACCACCUUGAUUUCACCAGUCAGAUAUUCCACCAAGAUAAUAAAACCUUUUUUUAACCCAAACAAAAAAAAAAAGUGGUUAAUACCUUUGCAAAGAAUAAUAGUAUGUAUGAGAAUUAUGUUCUUCUUCCAUGUUUGCUUGAGCACCGAUCAAGACACCUAUAACCCUUUUUUUGGGCAACCUUUUUUUUUUU